AUGACCACAUCGUUGAUCGUCGGGCUCGAGACGUCGUUCUGCCAAGACUUGCCUUCGAAGCUCGAUAAGCUCUACGAAGAGCGCAUCACCCUUAUCGCAGCGCCUCUGUUCCAUCCACGCUUUCGCCGCGACGCGAACGGUGUGUCGGACUCCCGCGACGGUCCGCAAACGCGGUCGGAUUUGGUCCUGGACUCGCGAGGAUGGACGUCGUCUGUGAUCGGAAACGUGUCCAAGUGGAUUGACCUGGACUCGAUCUGUGAUCAUGUGCGAUGGACUGCCGAAGCUGUGUUCAAACAAGAACUUGCAUGGGCAUCCCACUUGUCGCUGACUGCCGUGGUCACCCCUGCACUGCAUUCUGCGCGGUCGAACACCAACUACGCGCGCAUUCUCAACCAAGCUGCAUCGCAAGCGCAAAGUGGUCUGCUUUUCUGGGUCCUCGUGCCUCUGUACGUCCCCAUGCAGCCCUCGGACGAAGGCAACGACUCGUGGAAGGCAUGGAAUGCUUUGCGCACGAUGAGCGACUUCAAUCCCAGGAUCUUGGUUGCGCUCGAAGUGACAGCCGACCUACCCGACCGCACCGUCCUCGCUCGUUGGCUGGGAGAACCCAUUGCCGCUGUGUACAUACCGACAAACAUCUUCCUGACCAACAAGAGCGGGUACCCGACCUUGUCGAAGCAGCACCAGAGGUUCUUUCUCCAACUCUUUCAGCAUGCUCGUAUUCGAUACUUUCUCAAGGGCCGACCAUACCACCACGGUCGCUACCUACCCUACGUUCAGUACUUGGACCAUCUCUACUCGACUCGAUCAUCGUGCCCUGACGCCAAGGCCGCCUUCGAGGCGCCGUACCUCGACUACCUCCAAGCGCCGCUGCAACCGCUCAUGGACAACUUGGAGUCUCAAACGUACGAAACAUUCGAGCAAGAUCCCGUCAAAUACGAGCGCUACGAAGUGGCCAUCACUCAAGCGUUGGCUGACACGCCAGAAGCCAAGGAAUCGGUUGUCAUGGUGGUUGGUGCCGGACGAGGGCCGCUGGUGCGGUGCGCAUUGAGAGCCGCAAAGAAAGCAGCACGGACGAUUCGGAUGUUUGCCGUUGAGAAGAACCCGAACGCAGUGAUCACGUUGCGCAACAUGAAAGUAUCGGAAAAAUGGGAUAACGUCACGAUUGUAUCGUCCGACAUGCGCGUGUGGAAGGCACCCGAACCUGCUGACAUCAUGGUGAGCGAGCUGCUCGGAUCCUUCGGCGACAAUGAACUGUCACCCGAGUGUUUGGACGGGGCGCAGUCGUUCCUGCGAGAGGGCGGAGUCAGCAUUCCGUGCAAGUACACGUCUUUUGUGAGCCCGAUUUCGUCGUCCAAACUUUGGAACGAAGUGAAAGGCGCCGAUGCGAACGUCCUCAAGGGCUACGAGACUCCCUACGUCGUGCGACUCCAUCAAAUCUUUUCUUUCGCCCGUCCCCAGCCUUGCUUUACUUUUGAGCACCCCAACUUGAAUGCUGUCAUCGACAAUAAGCGGUACCACCAGAUGACGUUUAACGCGAUCGAAGACGGUGUUGUCCAUGGCCUGGCGGGAUACUUUGACAGCGUCCUGUACGCCGAUACGUGCAUUAGCAUCAACCCGGAGACGUUGGACUUGAGCCCUGGGAUGUUCUCGUGGUUUCCCAUCUUCUUCCCUCUGCGGACACCUCUCUUGGUUCGUCAGCACGACAAGAUCGAGGUGUGUUUCUGGCGUCAAGUGGGAGGAGGGAAGGUCUGGUACGAAUGGGCGGUGGCUGUCAACGAUACGUGGGGGCCGAUCCAUAACCCCAACGGCCGCUCGUACUGGAUCGGGUUGUAG